UAUUCAGUUAUUAAUGACCGCUGAGCAGGCAGCACCAUGUCAGUGUGACAACUGAUCGGGUGAACGAUGCACCAGUAACCACCAUGGAAACGAGGAGGAGGAGGAAGAAAAGCUAGCGAGCAUCUCUCUUUUCUCCCCUCCUUUCUCUCUCUCCUCCUCCCCCUCCUGCAUUGGAUUGUGAGCUUCCAACAGCCAGCCAGCGACACAGAGCUCUCUGCUCAAAGUAAAAGGAUCUGAGCCUGCUGCACGGAGAUUUCCCUCCUAUUACAGGAUCUAUAGAGACAACCAUCGCCUGCCCUAUCUCUGCGUGCCCAGAGCCGUCUCCUCAGCAUCACACCAGCGGUAUGUGGUCACCUGAACUAACGGAUUCAAAUAUGCAGGCGGCGUCCAGGACUGAAACUACUCUUUUUGCAAGAUCAAAUCUGAAAGAACCAAUAAUGAAGUUUACCUGAAGGCAUUAGCAAGGAUAAACUUGAAAGGUCUCUUUUCAACAACAACAACAAAAAGAAGGAAAACAUCAUGGAAUCUAAACUUAACACUACUAUAUGAUUGUUCUGCUUCCUUUGUGACGACCUCCUGGGUGGACCACAUUUUUCAAAUACAACUCAAUAUUUAUUGUUCCCCAAAUAUGCCUCUCUUAACUGGACAAAGUGACUGCAAAGGAGCCACAUAUUUCCAAGAAAGAGAGGGUUGUUGUGCUUCUGCAGCAUGCGUCAUUUGACAAAUGCAAGUGUUUGUCUUCUCAAAUGACCAUCUCCUGUUGAACUUAAAAAACUGUAAUUGUCCAAUCCUUAAGGGCCAAUUACUUUUCUGGAACAGUGAGCUAAAAUGAAGGACAUGCCAUUCAAAAUUCACUUUUUACUUGGCCUAACUAUCACUGUGCUAGUUCAAGCUGUAGAUAAAAAAGCAGACUGCCCACAGUCAUGUACAUGUGAUAUAAGACCAUGGUUCACUCCAAGAUCCAUAUACAUGGAAGCUUCUACCGUGGAUUGCAAUGAUGUAGGUCUCUCAACUUUCCCAACCCAGUUGCCUGCUGACACACAGGUUCUACUUCUACAGGCAAACAACAUUAAAAAAAUUGAAUACCCAGCAGACUUCCCAGUAAACCUUACUGGUUUGGAUUUAUCUCAGAACAGUUUAUCAUCAGUGGCCAAUAUUGAACUUCGGAAGAUACCCCAACUUCUUUCAGUGUAUCUGGAAGAAAACAAACUUACAGAGUUGCCGGACAAAUGUCUCACUGGGCUGAACAAUCUCCAAGAGCUCUACAUUAAUCACAACCUGCUUUCCACAAUUGCACCAGGAGCCUUCACAGGUCUUUAUAAUCUUCUUAGACUUCAUCUCAAUUCCAAUAGUCUGCAAGUGAUCAACAGUAAGUGGUUUGAAGCUAUUCCUAAUCUGGAGAUUCUUAUGAUUGGAGAAAACCCAAUUAUCAGAAUCGAAGAUAUGAACUUUAAGCCCCUUAUCAAUCUGCGGAGCCUGGUUUUAGCAGGCAUAAAUCUCACAGAAAUACCAGAUAAUGCCUUGGCUGGCCUUGACAAUUUAGAAAGCAUCUCUUUCUAUGACAACAGAUUAGUAAAAGUGCCCCAUACUGCUCUUCAAAAGGCUACUAACCUUAAAUUUUUAGAUUUAAACAAGAACCCCAUUAACAGAAUACGAAGAGGAGAUUUUAGCAAUAUGAUACACCUCAAAGAAUUGGGAAUUAAUAAUAUGCCUGAACUGAUAUCUAUUGAUAACCUGGCAGUCGACAAUUUGCCAGACUUGAGAAAAAUAGAAGCUACGAAUAACCCCCGACUGUCAUACGUACACCCAAAUGCAUUCUAUCGACUUCCUCGAUUGGAAUCACUCAUGCUCAACAGUAAUGCUCUCAGUGCCCUGUACCGUAGUACAAUUGAAUCUUUGCCUAAUCUCAAGGAAAUCAGCAUACACAGCAACCCAAUCCGGUGUGACUGCGUCAUCCGAUGGAUUAAUAUGAAUAAAACUAGCAUUAGGUUCAUGGAGCCAGAAUCAUUAUUUUGUGUAGAUCCUCCUGAAUUUCAGGGCCAGAAUGUGAGGAAGGUUCAUUUUAGAGAAAUGAUGGAAAUCUGCCUUCCACUGAUAGCCCCAGAAAGUUUUCCCUCCAACAUAAAUAUAGAAACAGGCAGCUAUAUUUCUUUACAUUGCAGAGCGACAGCAGAACCAGAGCCUGAAGUGUAUUGGAUAACUCCAUCUGGACAUAAACUUUUGCCGAACACUGUUUCUCUUAAAUAUUAUGUACAUUCAGAAGGAACGCUAGAUAUCAGUGAUAUAACACAAAAAGAAAGUGGCUUAUACACAUGCAUAGCAACUAAUUUGGUCGGUGCAGAUUUAAAAUCCAUUAUGAUUAAUGUGGAUGGUUCUUUUCCCCAGGAUAACCAUAAAUCUGUGUCUAUUAAGGUAGAAGACGUGCGAUCUAAUUCUGUACUUCUGUCCUGGAAAGCAACUUCCAAAAUAGUGAAAUCCGCCAUUAGAUGGACUGCCUUUCCAAAAGAUGGAAAUUCUCUGGCUUCCCGGAGCACUCGAAUUCCAUCCCAUAUAAAAGUCUAUAAUUUUACACAUCUAACCCCGUCCACGGAAUAUACAAUUUGUAUGGACAUCCCCACUGUCCAGUUACAGAAUGCAAGACAGUGCGUCAACAUUGCAACAAAAGGGUUGGAUCCAGCAAUGGCAAAUUAUGAGAAGAACAACAUCACUACAUUGUUUGUCUGUCUUGCUACACUUUUGGGAUUCUUUUGUGUGGUUUCUCUCUUCAGCUGCAUCUCUCGUGAAAUGAACUGUGAUGCAGGACACAGCUACUUCAGGAAUUACCUGAAGAAACAAUCCUUUUCCUUCAGUGAGCUUUACCCUCCUCUAAUCAGUCUUUGGGAUACUAACAAAGAGAAAAGCACAGCGCUCGAAGUCCAAGCAACAGUCAUAGGUGUUCCAGCUAAUAUGUCAUGAGAUACCAAUGUUACUGUACUAGUGUGCUAAACUGGGGUGCACAAGACUAAAUAAUUGUGCUCAAUAAAAAGCAAAAAAGAAAAGAAGUAUCCCUCUACAAAAAUCAAAACCUUGGACUUAGCAGAUGGUGAUAGUUACAAAUACAAAUAUUUGCCGGUGUGGUAUUUUUUUAAAACAAACACCUGUCUUUGAAGAAUUCUGUGCCAACCAAAUUGUUUUCUAGGACUUUAUAGUGUGACUUCUUACAAUCUAAGAGGCACUCAAUGCUGUCUAUACAGUGCAAGUAGAGGAGAAAAUUUUAUGUAUUUGUUGUUUUUUUAAUUAAAUGUAGAAAUAGUGAAAUUGAGUAAUACCCUCCUCCUGUGUUAUAUGACACACAUUAGCCACGAGUUUUUGCAGUGAACUAGAAUUGACCCGUGGUGUGAUGAAUUGGACAAAUUCUGUAGAGUAGAAACAGUGAGUAUGUGAAACUUUUUUUAUGAGGAAAAAAUACAUUUUUGAGUACAAUCAAAAUAUUUUGGACUUCUUUCUUUCUAAAUAAGUUCUUUUUGGGAUUUACUGGAACAUGCUGUGCAACACCAACAUUUUAAUAUCCAGUAAAUGCACACAGACUUGCAGGCCUGAUUGCAUCAAAUCUAUUUCAGGCUGUGUAGUUGCAAUAAAGGACACAAUAAAACACUUUCUGAAGUAUUCACAUAAAUGUUUAGGAAAGGUGUUUCACUGGCUGAACACCAAGACCAAUUGACACUAUGUUGUGUUGUGUUGUGUUUUGUUUUUAAAAAGAACAAAACAAAACAGCAAAAAAUCUUAUUGGAGCUGUUUUUAAUUUAUAUGAAGCGCUCAGCAGUUUCUAGUCAAAAUCAUAGUACUACAAUCAUUUCUGUAUAUUUUAAAACAAUUGAAUGUCCCAAAGUCAUGGAUCCAUUUUCAUACAAGCCAUUACCAUAAUCAUUCCGAUUUUACAGACUAGCUAUUAUUGAGUAGAAAACUGAAACAAAAUGAGCUGUGUGAACAUCUGCAUUUGCUUAACUGGGCCACACCACUUGAACUGAAAGAGUAUUUGGAUUAAAAAUUAAUAGAAUGUUGUGACCUGCUGAUAUUAUUCCCAGAGGGAGCUGGCUGGUCACAACAGGAAACUGGAUUUUGAACUAGAUGGCACUUUGGUGUGAUCCAUCAGGAUUUUCUGGCAAACCAUUCAAGAAGUAACUAUUGUUAGCAAUGAAUCUUUUCUCUAGAUGUAUCAUGCUUUCAAACUGCAUGUCUCAAAGAAACCAACCAGAUUAGAUUCUGGGAUUUACCCAGACUUCAUUCAAAUCAAAUGAAGAAUUCUAGGUAACUCAGCCUGGCUGUGUAUCCACAUUUGAGUAUCAAGGCUUGGUAUAUUGAAAAUAUUUAUUUGCUUUUCUGGUGUGUUUGCAGUGUUCAAGACUAAUAAUAAUAAUAAUAAUAAUCCUAAAUCCAAUAGAGAUUAAAUCAUCAAUAACAACAAAAAUAAAGAGCUGUAAAAAUGAAAGCAGGUCAGAUGCAACCAAAAUAACCAUCAUCACCAAAAUAAGAGUCAGCCACAAAAGUGUAGAAUUGUGAUUUACAGUCUCCCCUAAUUUUGAGGAAAAUGUAUACCACCGGAGUUGGAAAUAUGUUACAUGAUUACAAUGAAAAUAACUGGAUUGUGUAGCCUGUUCAUGUCAGAACUGAUGUCCAACAAAUUCCUAAAGAAUUCACAAGAAUAUCAAGAACUGGGAAGAAGCAAGACAGAAAUGGCCAAUAUGCAGGGGAAAUAACAGGGCCAGCUCUGUACAAACAGCAGGAUGAAGUGGCCUGCUUCAGGUGGUACCAUAAGGGAGACAUGGAUAAAUGAAGGCAGGAAUUGACUUCUGAAUGGUGCAACAAGAUGAGGGAACCAUUUGGGUUCUGCAGGGGAAAAAUUUUGAGCUGGCAUUGAACAGGAAGGUAUAGAGAUGAGUAGAAUGCCAACAGCUUUGUCCUUAGAAGAAGGUAAGUAGCUGAGAUUCAAGAGCAGAAAGAGAGACUCUGUAAGUUAAAAGUAUGCAAUGCUGUCUCAUGGAUUUCCUGAAUCAUCAGGAGACAACUCAGUCAAGAAGGCUGAGGGUGGUUUGGGUGUCAGCAGCAUCCCCUUUGGUGCAGUCAAAGAUAUGGUCUGUUGACAAUAUGAUGCUACACUCUUGCUGAAGUUUAAAUAGCUCUUGAGUAUGGUCAGUGCCUGGAAAGUACCUGGGACCCCAAUAUACGAUCCCUUAUCUUCCAUCAUAGAAGAAAGACAGGGACAUAUGUUAUAAAUGAAUGG